AUGGCACCCCGCACCAAGAAUAGAAAAAAGAAUAAACGUGACAAAGAAAGAGAAUUAUUUGAAGCUUAUGGAGAUCUUACAAAACCGGGAAGUUUGGGAGGUGCGUCGCGUUUUGCUCGUAUACAUUGUCUGAAACCUGCCGAAGCUCAAAAGAUUCUUGAAAAAGAUUUGGCUUACACGCUCCAUCGACCGAGACGACGCGGAAGAUUUCCCACCUUACCCGUAUUGGUUUUUGGUAAAGACGAGCAAUGGGUUGCAGAUUUAGUAGAAAUGCAAUCUUUGGCCAAAUAUAAUAGUGGAAUCGUUAUCUUUUGGUAG